ACCCAAGCCUGAUGGAGCGUUUCUUCUUCUUCAUGUCAACAUAUGAGCAGCAGCAACCAUCAGCACCUGCGCAGUCAGUUAACAGCAACAACAACAACAACAACAACAACAACAACAACAACAACAACAACAACAACAACAACAACAACAACAACAACAACAACAACAACAACAACAACAACAACAACAACAACAACAACAACAACAACAACAACAACAACAACAACAACAACAACAACAACAACAACAACAACAACAACAACAACAACAACAACAACAACAACAACAACGUCAGAAGCAUCAACAACAAUGCUGAGUUGCCUUCUGGCAGCAGCACAUGCAUGCUGCAGGACAGCGAAAGAUGCACUUCAGCUACAAGCUCAGUUUGCGAACGUCCUCAAGCCAGUUGAUGGCGAAAGAGAUUCACCUUGAAUG